CAAAAUUUGAUCUGUUUUAGCGAGACGAAACCCUUGUUUCAAACGCUACGGGCAACCGUGGGCCACAGACCGGCGAUGAUUCAGCGUCUGGGCACGAUGAUGGGCGGACAGUUUGCGAUACAGUGAUGCGUUUCAGGGAAAGAUGGAGUAGUGAAUUUUACUGACUGAAUUGAAUAGAAAUGGCUGCAGUGGAGAACCCAGCCACUGAGGCUGAAUCAUCUGAAGGUGGAAAUGAGAAUAAUUCUUCAUUGGUUGAAAUUCCAUACAUCAAGGUGGAGCCACAUGCUGAAAAUCUUGCAGAAGUGGGUCCUUCCCAAAAUGUUGCUAUGGGAAUGAAAUUUGUUCUUCCCAAUAGAUUUGACAUGAAUGUUUGCUCUCGAUUUGUGAAGUCUCUGAAUGAGGAAGAAAGUAAAAACAUUCAAGAUCAGGUGAAUUCUGAUCUGGAAGUGGCCUCUGUAUUAUUUAAAGCUGAGUGCAAUAUACAAACUUCUCCUGGAAUUCAAGUAAGGCAUGUCUACACGCCAUCAGUAACCAAGCACUUCUCACCCAUUAAACAGUCAACAACCUUGACUAACAAACAUCGUGGAAAUGAAAUAUCUGCAGCACCCUUGCUGUUGCACUCUUUGUCUGUACAUCAGCUGGCAGCACAAGGGGAAUUACUUUAUUUGGCGAGUCGUAUAGAGCAAGACAAUCUUCUAAACAUGCAAGAUGAGCAAGGGUUUACUCCACUCAUGUGGGCAGCAGCUCAUGGACAAAUUGCAGUGGUGGAGUUUCUACUACAGAAUGGAGGUGAUCCACAUCUUUUAGCAAAUGGGAGGGAGAGUGCACUAUCAUUGGCCAGCAGUAAAGGCUACUCAAACAUUGUAAACAUGCUGCUUGAUUAUGGAUGUGAUGUGAAUGAGUAUGACUGGAAUGGGGGAACUCCUUUGCUUUAUGCUGUGCAUGGAAAUCAUGUAAAAUGUGUGGAGACGCUGUUGGAAUAUGGUGCUGAUCCAACUGUUGAAACGGAUUCAGGAUUUAAUGCUAUGGAUAUGGCGGUAGGGCUGGGUUUCAAAAAUGUUCAACAGGUUAUCGAAGCCCAUUUGCUGAAGUUGCUAUUGAACAUUAGAGAAUGAUAAUGUGGCACCUCUAGCAAUCAUAGAACAAUGAAUCUUCACCUGCAUGGUCUGGAUUUGCCGAGAGAAUGUUCCAAAAUGUUUAUGUUUGACAGUAAACCAGUCACCUUACCGAUUGUUGCAAUUUGUCCAUGGUUGAAGAAAGAGACGAUUAUUCCUGAUCCAGCUUUGCCUGUGAUGAAGAUAAAACUGGUGAAUGUGAUUAAAGACUUGCUUUAUAAUUUAUUGGGUGGUGUAUUAUACCAUUAUUAUUGGGCACUAGUGUACCCUAUGCCAUAAAGGGAAACCAUUUGUUGAAGUACUGUAAGAUUGUACCAAGAUUACUUAGGUCUAAAACAGAGGGAAUAAAACUUCCUGACGAAGAAGAAAUUCCA